AUCUUCCGAAACCCCCUCUUUUCAUGCAGUAUGGUUUCGCCCGCGGUUCCUUUUAAAAAUGGAAACCGAACAAGAAAAGCCGGGUUCUGGGGCGGUUGGGCUCUAAGACGCGGGGUGUCUCGUGGUUCUGGAGUGGGUCCGAGCUGCGGGUAACCGCGCGAUAUGGAACAGGUAACCAUGGUAACCGCGCGAUACAGGAACAGGACUUUUAUGAAUACCGGUAAGCAGCAGAAGCCAGUGCUCACAGGCCAGCGGUUUAAGACCAGGAAGAGGGAUGAAAAGGAGAAGUUUGAGCCCACGGUGUUCAGAGACACGAUUGUCGCGGGCCUCAGCGAAGCCAACGGGGACCUGGAGGUGGUGACCAGGUUCCUGGAUGUCGCCGGGUCCAGACUGGACUACCGUCGCUAUGCCGAAACGCUGUUCGACAUCCUCAUCGCCGGGAGCAUGCUCGCUCCUGGGGGAACACGCAUCGACGACGGGGACAAGACCAAGGUGACCAAUCACUGCGUGUUCACUGCGGCCGAGGACCAUGCCGCCAUCCGCAACUAUGCUCAGGUUUUUAAUAAGCUCAUAAGGAGAUACAAGUACCUGGAGAAGGCGUUUGAAGAGGAGAUCAAGAAGCUGCUGCUCUUCCUGAAAGCCUUCAGCGAAUCGGAGCAGACAAAGCUGGCCAUGCUGGUAGGAAUCCUGCUGGCCAAUGGGACGCUUCCACCUGCCAUCCUCACCAGCCUCUUCAGCGACAACGUCGUCAAGGAAGGGAUCUCCGCCUCCUUCGCGGUGAAGAUGUUCAAGGCCUGGAUGGCGGAAAGAGACGCCAGCGCCGUCACAUCUGCCCUGAGGAAGGCCAGCCUGGACAAGAGGCUCCUGGAGCUGUUCCCAGCCAAUAAGCAGAAUGUGGAGCACUUCUCUAAGUACUUUAACGAGGCAGGGUUAAAAGAGCUCUCAGACUUCCUGCGUCUGCAGCAGUCCCUGGGCACCCGCAAGGAGCUGCAGAAAGAGCUGCAGGAACGCCUGUCCCAGGAGUGUCCUAUACGAGAGAUAGUGGUGUAUGUGAAGGAGGAGAUGAAGAGGAACGCUCUACAGGAGCAUGCCGUUAUUGGCUUGCUGUGGAGCUGUCUGAUGAAUGCUGUGGAGUGGAAUAAGAAGGAGGAGCUGGUCACCGAGCAGGCCCUCAAACACCUGAAGCACUAUGCCCCCCUCCUGGCUGUGUUCAGCACUCAGGGCCAGUCAGAGCUGGUGCUCCUGCAGAAGGUCCAGGAGUACUGCUACGACAACAUCCACUUCAUGAAGUCCUUCUCCAAGAUCGUGGUGCUCUUCUACAAAGCGGACGUGCUAAGUGAGGACACCAUUCUGCGGUGGUAUAAGGAGGCUCAUGCUUCUAAAGGGAAGAGUGUGUUCCUGGAGCAGAUGAAGAAGUUUGUGGAGUGGCUGCAGAAUGCAGAGGAGGAGUCUGAGUCUGAGGGGGAGGAAGAUUAGUCGAGGGCUGCUGAUGUAUGCUUCCUGUGGCCUACCUGUCAAUCACAAGCCUCGUAGUGUCCUCUCCAGACUUGUAGACUUGUGUUGUCCUUCGAUGCCACGCAGACACUCUCCAGAAAUGUCCCCACAACUCCAGGGUAUACAUUAGAAGUAUGCACAAUGAGUCCAUAAAAGGUAUAUUGCUCACGCAAAGGACUCUUUUUACAAAAUGCUAUUCAGGUACAAUGAAAUCUCUUCAGUCUGUGUGCUUGUGUGUGUUU